GAAGAAUGGGACCAGGUUAGGAAAGCUGAGGACCCUGAAGAAGCUCCUGAGGAGGUUUAUGAUCACAGAUCUUUAUUUGACCGGCUGGAGGAGCAGAGGCUUAAAAAACAGGCUGAUUGGGACGAGGAACAUAAAUUCAAAAAUCAAUUUAGGGGUUUAGAUGAUGAGGAAGUUGAUUUUUUGGAUAAAAUAGAUGAUAUCAGAACAGAAGCUGAGAGGAAAUUGAUGAUGGAGGAGAAGAUGGAGCUGGAGGAGUACCAGAGGAAGCAGAACAAAAUCAGGGAACAGGAACUAGAGAAUCGUCUACGGCAUGAGAUUAAAGGACCGGAUAUAAAGCGAGCAGCUAAGGCCGGUGCUGGGCGGUCCAAGCAGCAAAUGCUGCUUAUGGGGGUUGUCAAACGAAAGAGCAGUGAGUCCAGUCAGUCUGAAGAAAAGAAACCUAAGCUCGAGAAAGCCAUCUGCCAGACAGAAAAAGUUGUAGCAAAAGAAAACAUUCAACUUGAUGCUUCCCAAACAAAAAUGGUGCCUAAAACAGAAAAUGCUGCAAUUAAAUUCGAGCAGGAAAAUGCCGCAAAACUUACAGCGGCCAGUGGACUUAUGAGUUUACUCGGGGAUUACGGGUCAGACAGUGAUGACGAAUCAUGAAUUUUUUUUAAAUCAACUGAAUUCCAAUAAAAUGACCAUUUUUCUGGUUCCAAUUUUCCAAA